CUAGACGAUGUGCUGUAAAGCAAGAUUGCAAACACGCUGAGGUUUCUGCGGCAAGUAAUUUGUGAAAACUUUUGCUAACACUGACAUUUCCAACACAAUAUUUUAUUCUGGGAUAUCCAUGGAAUACAUUUAACUUAACGUGGGCUACAGUUGAAUUACGGAAUUGAGGUGUGGUUUGGUUUCUUAGCCAAACUCGCAUGAUAUGAAGAAGGAAGCGAUUGACUGGGACCAACUGUGAUCAGCUGGGAGCCAUGUCACACAGUACGUAUGGGAGCAUGUGGGCUGAGGCCCAGGGGGCCCUGCAGGACAUGCUGGAGGAGGAGCUGCCGGAAGUCCCGCCCCGGCCGCAGAAGGACCGGCUGCAGGUGUUCCAGGGCCUGGCCACGUUCUACGUGAAGUACCUGCAGAUCCUGCGCAGCCUGGAGGCCGUGUACGACCAGGUGGUGCAGCCGCAGAAGCGCCGUGUGGUGCGGCAGGUGCUGGACGGCGUGACGGGCCGCCUCCUGGAGCUGAAGAACGAGAUGGUGGAGCUGGAGUUCUCCGAGUUCCACUUCUACGACGACGUCCUGCAGGACCUCAAGCUGACCCCUGGGGACCUGGAGGUCCCCAUUCCACGCUACUUUGUGAGCGAGAAAGUGCGUGUGCUACGGGAACGUGAAAAGUUACUGGCUGAAAUUCUGGCCCGUGGGGAACGCCAAGAGCCAAAGCUGGAAGUGCGAGCGCGCGCCCUGCCCAUAGACGAGGCGGUGCGGCUGGUGCAGGUGUCUGAGCGCGCCCGACAGGGUCGUCUCAGGGCCAGCUUUAUGAAGGAGAUCCGCAGGGAGGAGGAGCGGUACCGGCAGAGCCAGAACGGCAACGGCAGCGCCUUGGACCCGCACGCGGCAGCCACCCUCAUCCAGAAGGUGUGGCUCGGGUACAGUACGAGGAAGAGGAUGAAGAAAGAACGGCUGGAGGAGAUGGUGUUUCUGGGGAUGCUGCCCCCGCCCCAGCAGGGAAAGCAGAGCGCUGGGCAGGCACGCAUGCAGCAGGUGGAGAGCACGCGCAGGCAGCUGCAGGAGAAGCACGAGGCUGACUUCCUGCAGGCGCAGGACCGCAUCAGGGACUCUGUGAGGGAGGUGGACGGGCCCGACAUGCAGCAGACCCUGCAGGGACAGAUACGCCAGUGGUUCAUCGAGUGCCGAGAUGCCACUGGGAAGUUUCCGGACUACCCCAGCGUAGAUGAUGGGGGGUCGCUGGCCAUAUUUGCACAGAAGACACCUGAGCAGGUUGCUGCUGAGCUGGCUGCCAAAGAGGAGGAGAAGGAGAAGAAGAAGAAGAAUAAAGGGAAAAAAGGGAAGUCCGGGAAGGAGGGGAAAGAGAAGAAGAAGAAAGACGGGAAGGGAAAGGGGAAAGGGAAGAAGAGCGAUGCGGAUUCUGAGGAAGAAGAGGGCUGGAAAAUGACCCCCAGCAAUUUCCUGCCAGCGGUGGUGGAGGGGAGCAACACAUACAAAGGAGUGUGGCAGAACCGCGAUGAGAGCCAGAACUUCACACAGACCUUCGAUGCCGAGCUGGUGCGGGAGGAGAAGAGGGUGGAGGUGGAGGAGGAGGUCAGAGUUCAGGUUGAUGAGCUGAUGAGACAGGAACUGAAGAACCUGAAGAUCCUCGUGGACCGAGUGAAAGACAAGAAGAAGAAAGGGAAGAAAGGCAGCAAGAAGAAGAAGAAAGGGAAGGGCUCUAAGAAGAAGAAGAAGAGGGAGAAGGAUCAGACAGCGGACAGGACCAUCGAGUCGCUGUUUGAAGAGCUGGUCGUAGAGGGAUUCCUGAUCAAGCCCAUGAACGUCAAACUGUCUGAAUACGUCGGUGAGUACAGCUACCUGGGCACCACCCUGCGCCAAGCCGACAUCGAGCCCAUGCCCUCCCUCUCCGACGUUCGGCAGCUUAUGGCCCUCUACGGGAUCCUGCCACUGGGGUCCCAGGCGGUCCACGAGAGGGCCCCUCUGGUGAAGACCAUGCUGCUGGCGGGCCCCGCCGGGGUGGGGAAGAAAAUGCUGGUGCACGCGCUCUGCACCGAAACCGGGGCCAACCUCUUCAACCUGUCCCCCGCCAACCUGGCCGGGAAAUACCCCGGCCGCAGCGGCCUGCAGUACAUCCUGCACGUGGUCUUCAAGGUGGCCCGUCUACUGCAGCCCUCGGUCAUCUGGAUUGGUGACGCUGAGAAAACCUUCUACAAGAAAGUCCCCAAACAAGAGAAAGAGAUGGAGCCGAAGCGUCUGAAGAAGGACCUGCCCAAGCUGCUGAAGCUGCUGAAGCCAGAGGACCGCGUGCUCAUCGUGGGGACCACGCGCCGCCCCUUCGACGCCGACCUCAAGCCCUUCUGCAAGGUCUACCGCAAGAUCAUCCUCAUCCCCCGCCCCGACUACUCCACCAGGCUCGCUCUGUGGACCCGCUCGUUGCUGGAGCGCGGAGGCAGGCUGACCCCUGACCUGGACCUCAGCUCCCUGGCCAAAGUGACAGACGGCUACACACAGGGGCGCAUCCUGGCAGCGGUGCAGGCGGUGCUGACCCAGCGCAGGCUGGAGCUGCAGAGCGGCCGGCCCCUGAGGGCCCUGGAGUUCAUCCCCCCCCUGGCCAUACAGGACCCCGUCUACAAGGACGAGGAGGAGAGCCUGAAGACGUGGUACAGCAGGACUCCGCUGGGCAAGAAGAGGGCGCGGGCCGCCAAAGCCAGCGAGGAGGGAGAGGCGGGCAACGCCCCGGUGAAAGGGGGGAAGGGGAAGAAAGUGAUGGAGGGCAAAGGGAAGGCAGUGAAAAAGAAGAAGUGAGGCAUGGGGUCAAAGCGGCCUCUUCACCUGUGGAGUCUCCUCAGACACUCUCCAUGAGCGGACAGUAACACAGUCUCAUGUAGAGGACACUUCUCCAUCAACGGACAGUAACACAGUCUCCUCAGACACUCUCCAUGAAUGGACAGUAACACAGUCUCAUUUAGAGGACACUCUCCAUGAGCGGAUAGUAACACAGUAUCAUUUAGAGGACACUCUCCAUGAAUGGACAGUAACACAGUCUCAUUUAGAGGACACUCCCCAUGAGCGGACAGUAACACAGUCUCAUUUAGAGGACACUCCCCAUGAGCGGAUAGUAACACAGUAUCAUUUAGAGGACACUCUCCAUGAGCAGAUAGUAACACAGUCUCAUUUAGAGGACACUCUCCAUGAGCGGAUAGUAACACAGUAUCAUUUAGAGGACACUCUCCAUGAACCGAUAGUAACACAGUCUCAUUUAGAGGACACUCUCCAUGAGCGGACAGUAACAGUCUCAUUUAGAGGACACUCUCCAUGAGCGGACAGUAACAGUCUCAUUUAGCGGACAACAGCUCUCUCAACUCUCACCUCACGCUAGACCUGGAUAUUACUCCAAAUACACAAACAUUUCAAAUACUGUCUGUGUGUGUGUGCACUCUCAGAAAUAAAGGUAUGAAAAGUGCCUAAAAAGCUGAGGCAGUACCCAACAGGUACAUAAAAUUGUACCUCUAGCUAGCAAUUGUACUAAUUUGUACGUUUUGUUUGGAAAAUGUACACAUUACUGUACUUUUUUUUGAAAUUAGGAAAUUAGUAUUCUCCUCUUUACUUUAUUUCUGAGCUUGUGUGUGUGUGCGUAAUGUAUGUGCGUGUAUGUCUGUGUACACACAUGCAUACACAUUACCCCUUUUGUUUACUGUUUU